CAGGGCCGGGAAGCGCGCUGGCUGCCGUGCAGCCUCUACCAUGGCUCACCGGCCGCCUCGCACCUUCCGACGGCGCCAAGCCGACUCCAGCGACAGCGAGGGAGCCGACGACCAGUCUACUGAGCCCGCCGCCGUGCCGAAGGGUCAGGCGGCGACCCCGGGCCGGAUGGAGGACGGUGCUGCCGCCGGCCGAGCGGAAGCGGCGGCGCGGCCCCGCCGGGCCCGGGGUGCUCGGGGCCGCGGUCGGGUGUGGGCGAGUUCCCGGCGCGCCGGCCCCGGAGCGGCUCGGCCGGCGGAAGGCGGCGCGGGCGCCCGAGAAUCCGGAAUGGUUGAUCUUCCAACAGAUGAAGAGGAUGAAGUACAUCAUUCCUCAGAUGAAGAGGAGGCUCAGAGUUCUUCUUCUGACAGUUCUAGCUCUCUGGAAGAAAAAGAAUGUUCAAUAGUUAAGAUGCCUGAUGCAACUUUUAUUCAGGCAGCCCGCAGAAAACGUGAGCUGGCCAGGGCCCAGAAUGACUAUAUUUCUUUGACUGUAAACAAUGGCUCCACCGCAUGUAAUGUGAAGAGAAACAGUGGAGAGGAUUCUGAGAGUGAGCCUGAUGACUACCAGAAGACAAUACCAUUUGCCCCCAAGCCUCAGACUCUUAGGCAAAGGAUGGCUGAAGAAACAGCCAGCAGAAAUGAAGAAAUAAGUGAAGGGAGUCAGGAAGAUGAAACAGAAGAUAUUUGGGAACAACAACAAAUGAAGAAAGCAGUUAAAAUCAUAGAGGGAAGAGACCUUUCCGAUAAAAGAGAAUCUCGAAUGCUAAAGAAGUUUGAUACCUCUCUGUCAUUUCCAUCUGUGACCUUAGAAAUGAUAAAGAAGCAGCUGAAUACUAGAUUGACAUUACUGCAGGAUACUCAUCGCUCACACCAGAGAGAAUAUGAAAAAUAUGUAGAAGGUGUCAAGAGCUCAAAAAGUACCAUCCUGAACCUAGAGAACUCCUCAAAUCAGUCUCAAAACUACAAGUUCUACAAAAGCAUGAAAGUUUAUGUGGAAAAUGUGAUUGACUGUCUUAAUGAAAAGAUUAUCAGCAUCCAGGAAAUAGAAUCAUCCAUGCAUGCACUUCUUUUAAAACAAGCCAUGACCUUAAUGAAACGCAGGCAAGAUGAAUUAAAACAUGAAUCAACGUAUUUACAACAGUUAUCACGUAAAACUGAGGCAUUAACAAAUGGAAGCUUGGCUAUAGAUGAGAAAACUCAAAGGAUUUUGGAACAGAUUGAAUCUCGAAGGGCACAAAGAAGACAAGCAAGGUUACUUUCUGGGAAGUGUAACCAUGAGGAAGGGACAUCAAGUGAUGAGGAAUUGUCUUCCACAGAGAUAACUGACUUUGAGAAGAGCCGAGGUGACCUUUUACAGGACUGUAAGAGAGUUUUUGAAGACGUACAUGAUGAUUUUUGUAAUAUUCAGAAUAUCUUACUGAAAUUUCAGCAAUGGCGAGAAAAGUUUCCUGAUUCCUACUCUGACGCUUUCAUUGGUUUAUGCAUACCAAAGCUUUUAAAUCCUCUGAUACGUGUCCAGUUGCUUGAUUGGAACCCUCUUAAGUUGGAUUCUACAGGUUUAAGACAAAUGCCAUGGUUCAUAUCUGUAGAAGAAUUCAUGGAGAACAGUAUGGAAGACACAAAGAAGGCCGAUAGUUCUGAUCAAAAAAUUUUAUCUGCUGUCAUCAACAAAACCAUUAUUCCUCGACUUACAGACUUUGUAGAAUUCAUUUGGGAUCCCUUGUCAACUUCGCAGACAAGAAGCUUAAUAACACACUGCAGAGAGAUUAUUGAAGAACAUUCUGCCUAUGAAAAUGAAGUUAAUAAAAGCAAACAGGACUUACUUAAAUCCAUUAUUUCAAGAAUGAAGAAGACAAUAGAAGAUGAUGUUUUUAUUCCUUUAUAUCCAAAGAGUGCUGUAGAAAACAAAAUGUCACCACAUUCAAAGUUCCAAGACAGACAGUUCUGGUCAGCUCUAAAGCUCUUCCGCAAUGUUCUUCUUUGGAAUGGACUCCUCCCUGACGACACCUUGCGAGAGCUGGGACUAGAGAAGCUACUUAACCGAUACCUUAUGAUUGCUCUUCUUAAUGCUAUUCCUGGGCCAGAUGUUGUAAAGAAGUGCAGCCAGGUAGCAGCCUGCAUACCAGAACAGUGGUUGGAGCAUUCUGCUACGGGGACACCUAUUCCCCAACUAGAAAAUUUCAGCCAGUUUUUAUCGCUAUCUGCACACAAGUUAUCUAACAGUGAAUUCAGGAAUGAAGUGAAAGACGUAAUUCUCACUCUGGUGAAAAUAAAAGCUGUGAAUCAAGCAGAAUCUAUCAUAGAAGAGUAUCACCUAGACCAUCUUACACCUCUAAUUAAAGAAGUUUGAUUAAACUUUCUAAGAAAGUACUGAAGUUACAUCCUUUGCCAACAAAGCUGGCACAUCUGUACUCCAUAGGAUUUGUAAAAGGGUAGAACUCCCUCCCAUUCUCCACACUACCUUCCCAUGUCCUGAAGAGUGUCCUCUCUGAUUCUUCUUUCCCAGUUUAAGAGGGAAAUUGGAGAAAUGUGGCAUGUAGCUCUAUUUUGGCUUAGCUAAGCAUAAAACUCUCUUAAGUUGU